UUAUGGUUCUUGAUCACAUUAUUAUAAUAAAACUAUAAGUGUGCUUCAACAGUUGUUGUUGACAAACACAGUGGUUAGAAAUCCUUUGGUAUUACUGGCAGGCUCAAAUAUUUUUUUUUUGUUCUAUUUUGUUAUUCUUAUUGUACACUUAUCUGUAGCUAUUAUGUAAACAUAAUUAUGAAGUAACAAAAUUCCACAUUCAAACAUUAUUUUUAUACACAAAUCUAGUUGGUUCAUAUUUUUAUAGAAAUAAAUUAAUUAAAGUAUGUUUUUACAAAAAUAGAUUUUUAAUUUUAUUUUACAAAAUGAGAAUUACUAAAUUAUUUUCGAGUGCUAAGUUAAUAGAGAGAAGUACAAAUUGUUGUAGGGUUGUUCGAAAUUAUUGUAGUUCAAAGGAUACAAGUGGCACCAAAGAAGGAAAAACUGAUUCUAACAAGAAAGGUCUAGUGGUGGGUGUAUAUAAAACAAAGAACAAAUUUGAACUAACACCAAUUGCACAAGAAAUCAACCAAAAGAGUGGAGACAAGUUGACUGAGCAUUUGAACAGUGAAUUGUGUGGAGAGCUGCGGUUGGGCAAGGCGUUUACACUGACAGAUGUGGUGCCAGAAUAUUCCGCCAUAGCAAUCACCUGCUUUGGACCUAAGGAUGCUGGCUACAAUGCUCUUGAAUCACUGGAUGAGGCUAGGGAGAACAUUCGUUGGGGCGUGGGUGCGGGCGUGAAGUUGUUGAAGGCGCGCGGCUGCGGCCUCAUCGAGGUGGAUCCCGCCAACGCACCUGACGCGGCUGCCGAGGGCGCCAUGCUAGCAGCAUGGAGGUUCCAAAAGUUCAAGACGAAAGACUCCCGUAAGACUAAGUGCCACGUAAAGUUGUAUGGCAACGAGGGCAAAGAGCUGUGGACGCUGGGCGCUAUAUACGGGGAGGCACAGAACUGGGCGCGGUACCUGUCUGACAUGCCCGCCAAUAAGAUGACGCCUGUCGACUUAGCACAGGCGGCCAUCGACGUCCUGUGUCCGCUGGGAGUGAGCGUGGAGGCGCACGACCGCGAGUGGAUCAAGGCGCAGCGCAUGCAGGCCUUCCUGGCCGUCGCGCGCGGCUCGUGCGACACGCCCAUGUUCCUCGAGUGUAUCUACCGGCCCGGCGCCGUCACCGCCGCGCCCGUACUACUCGCGGCUAAAGGAGUCACCUUCGACAGCGGUGGCCUGUGUUUGAAGGACUGCAAUAUGAUGCUGGACAACCGCGGCAGUAUGGCCGGCGCCGCCGUCGUACUCGCCGCUAUCAAGAUUAUCGCUAAACUUAAGUUGCCGAUAAAUGUGUCGGCAGUGAUCCCCAUCUGUGAGAACAUGGUGAGCGGUCAGUGCAUGAAGGUGGGAGAUGUCGUCAAGGCGCUCAACGGACUAUCCAUUGAGAUAGAAAACACGGACAUGGAAGGCCGGUUGAUGAUGGCGGACGCGCUGGUAUAUGGCCAGUCGCUGUUCAAACCCGCAAUGGUCAUUGAUGUUGCUACUUUCACCCUGCAGUGCAAAAUGACGAAUAUGAUUCGGAUGAGUUGUUGCGGCUGUUACAAGGUGUGGAACCUGAUUCCGACUAAAAAAUUUGUGAUCGACUCAGGUCUAUAUUUGUUCGCCGACACAGCUAAAAGUUUGCGAAACCGAGAGCCGCAACGAAUAGACGGUGUCCUGAUGGCGACGGGUGGCGGCGCGUUCGGUUGCUUCAGUAACUCGGAGUCAGCCUGGCGCGCCGUGCAGGCCGCCGGCGUCGUCACCGGGGACAGACCAUGGCGGUUCCCGCUGUGGAAGUACUUCCACAAACAGAUCACCAAUGACCCUGCAGUGGAUUUGAGGAAUAAGGGAUCUGGACAUGGCACCCCAUGUCUUGGAGCUGCUUUUCUAAAGAACUUCGUGUGCUGCGACUGGGUGCACAUGGACAUCACGGGCGUGGGCAAGGUGACGGAGUGGGGCGCCGUGCCCUACCUGCAGGCGCGCCGCAUGUCGGGCCGCCCCGCGCGCACGCUGGCCGCGCUGCUGCACCACGUCGCCGCCGCCAGCGCCAACGACAAGGACAAGAACAAGAAACAAGAACCCACUCCGUGCGCCGCGAAGUCCUAAAUUAUCCUUUACUUUCGGCUAAUAUGUUUAGAACUGUUGUGGUUCGGUCACAUUGAAACCCCAUAAAACACUUGAUAUAAACGAGUCUACUAGUGAUGUCUUGUCCAGUAAAGUUUGUAAGAAACGUUCAAUAAACUUAUCUCAAGCGCAUCGUCUCGUUUUAAAACUUAAUUUAAAGGACUUUUACUUCAAACAUACAACAUUCCAUAUCAAUGAGAUCUUUAUCGUUAAAACUAUACACAACAUACAUUGAGAAAUUCGAGCAGACCACAACCAGCAGGUUAGAGCGCGUAGGCGUAUCAGUAGAGUACACAAACAUCGAGUGUAAUCUCAUUAGUCUACACAAUUAAUAACAGCGCAUUAGGGCGAGCUCGGGUAAAUAUUUACGAACAACGCAAAAACUAAACACAUAAUCAAAUCAACGGGUGCGAAAUGAAACACCGAUGCUUAUUGACCUAAAAAUGAAGAAACAUUUAUUUUCAGUAUGUCUUUUGUAAAAUUUAAUAACAGAAUGAAUCAAAUGUGGUAAGAGAAUAACAGAGCGGAUUACUUUCCAUUUCGAUAGAAUUAGUUUCACCAACAAUAGAAAUAUAAUAUUUAUCAAGUCAUUUACAGAUACAAUUAAUGCAGUACCAAUAAAUCUAAUUUAUUCGUUUACUGAGUUAGUUAAAUUUAAACAUUUAUUACGUUAUCAUAAUGUACACGGAGUGGAGCGGGCGGAGGGAGCCGUCCGCCGGGUACACUAUCUUUUUUUGGGAUUUUUUAAAUUUUUAUUCCUCACGUACUUUAUAAAUAUCUCAUACUUGAAAAAAAUUUACAUUAAAAUGUAUCGGAAAGGUGCGGGACGCUAGCACCGCAGACACUAGGGCGCGACGCAAACAGAGGCACGCACGCACACAUACAGGACGGCGGCCGCCCCAAUAUACACAAAUAUAAAUAUGAGCCGACACGAACCCGAGACUUAUACCAUCACAUUGCGACGCACACCUAUUCGUUUUCCCUUUGUACCGCUACAGUUAAAAUUUUUCUUACAUAGUAAAAUUAACGGAAUACUUUAAAUCUAAAUAAAAAGAGAAGGCGGAGACGACGGAGCGCGGGGAACAUGCCGCCGCGCUCCGUCGUCCGCGCCCAACGUUACAAGUACAUCAUUAAACUGAAACGAUGACAAUAUUUAAUUUAUCGCAAACACUAGAGAAAUGCAGGUCCAAUACGAUGGUAAUAUUGUGUGUCAUGAAACAAAAUGUAUAUUUAAAUUCUCUGCUUUUUACACACACACUAGCCGGCGGCUCACUUCGACGUCAUCAUGGUGACGAAUUCUGCAAAAUUGACUUGUCCGUCGCCGUCGAUGUCGGCCUCGCGGAUCAUCUCAUCGACCUCCUCGUCGGUGAGCUUCUCGCCGAGGUUGGUCAUGACGUGGCGCAGCUCAGCCGCCGAUAUGAAACCGUUGCCGUCCUUGUCGAACACGCGGAACGCUUCACGGAUUUCCUCCUCACUGUCGGUGUCCUUCAUUUUGCGGGCCAUCAUCGUCAGGAAUUCGGGGAAAUCUAUCGUGCCGUUACCGUCUGCGUCAACUUCGUUGAUCAUGUCUUGAAGCUCUGCUUCUGUGGGGUUCUGUCCUAAGGAUCUCAUAACGGUUCCCAACUCUUUGGUUGUGAUGGUGCCGUCGCCAUCUUUGUCGAACAGUGAGAACGCCUCCUUGAACUCGGCGAUCUGUUCCUCUGUCAGUUGAUCCGCCUUGUAGAUUAACUUGGAUUAUCAGGAGCUACACUAAAAAAAUCACAGACUACGCCGCAAAAGCGACCGCACGGAUCGACGGUUGAAACGAUACUGCCGCCCUCACUCGCGCGAGCGGCCGCGCCGAGAAACUCGCGACCGCGAUUCGCUUCGUGCUCGGUCACGAAUCGUUCCGAAUCGACUAUUCGAUUCACCGUAUUUUCAUAUCCGUUUUCCGACGCUCGGAAUAGUUUUUAACACUACGCUACAAUCGUUUCGUUUCAAAACUUUAUCACUCGAACGUCCAAGUCCAUGUCUCGGGACGCACAACACAGGAUUAAAUUUGAUCCGCAAAGGAUAGUCGGUUUUAUAUCGGGCUGGUGCGGCGGCGUGGACUGGCGUUCGGCGCGCGCCGAUUGGCCGUCGCGCACCUGCAAUGCGUCACUGCGGGCGCUAGCGGCGACCGUGGAGCGAGUGGCGAGCGCCGAGUGGCGGCCGCCAGCAGCGUCUCACGCCUCGGGCUGCGGCGCGGCGGCUGCUCGACUGCUCCCGAGCACCCCGAUGCCCUAGUUCGCGGUCGAGGCGAGGGCGCGCCGCAGUGGCCGCCUGCAAACACCGGCCGUGCUAACGAGAUAACGUUGGCUGCCGCACGGGCGCAGGCUUCCCGCCACGCCGCACCACGCCGCUGCCUAUCGUAUAUGUCACUAGCACUCAUCACGGCUCAUAACGCGUCGCAUUAUUGACGCAAUAUGAAUGCUUAUGCAAUGCUAAUUUUAUUACUACGGCCAGUUUGUUACAGCAAAGAGAAUGAAAAAGAUGAUUGCUACACUAUCCAAAACCCUUUCUGCAUAGACAUAACAAGUAUUAAAAAGCUAUAAAUUAUGAUGACAGAAGACUAACGAACGUUUACUAAAAUGUUAUACUACCCACCUAUAAGAAAAACUUGGCAAAAAUAAUUUUAUUUCUGACAAUAUUUAGGUUGUGCUACAAGUGGCUGUGGCGACUUAACAAAACAACAAUAAAUCAUUUUAGAAGUACUCAAACCACUUCUCGUUUUAGCAAUGAAGAUGAUAAACAUUACUUAUCAAUUUUCUGAUCCGAUUAAAACUAUCGAUUUGCAACUUACUAAAUCGUUGUUAAUCAAUGGUCUUCCUUCCCUAUUAAAUGCAAAUGAAGUUUAUUGUUUAUUGUCAGAACUCAAUAAUAUUAUUUUACUAAGGCGUCUCUACACAUUCGGACACACAAGCCUGUAAUAUGUCACUUAAUUAUAGUUUUUUUUUUUCUAAGGAGUUAUUCUAUUUCGAUUGAAAUGUUUAGUAUGACUAUACACUUUAUUUCGUUUCGGUAGUAGUGUUAGUUUUGCCCACCUGACCUACAGCGCCAUCUGCCGGUGAGUUACCACAAACUAAUUAGAAAAUCUUUAGACUUGCAAAUUAUGGUGUUUUAAAACUAGAACUAACAUUGCAUUCUGUCUUAUUGUUAUUGCGUAAAACUUAAGGAGAAAUGAUUGUUACUUACGAACAUAAUGUAAGAACUCUUAUUCCCAGAAGGGGAAGGUAGAGGAGCGAAUUCGAGAAGCGAAGUCACUUCAUCGUUUAUGUUGGGAAUCUCAUGUUACAGGGGGCAUGAAUAUAUUUCCAAAAUAUAGGGUUU